AUGGCAUGCAUUAUUAUGGCAAAUGGUUCUUCCUCCAGCAUCUCCUCGGCAGUAGGUACAGAUACGGUUAUCGCAACAGGGGAUGUUAUUCAUUGGGGAGCAGAAUUCUGUGAGUAA